UCUAUAAGCUUCAUUCCACGACCCUGACCUGACGUGGUUUUCGUUCGCAUCACAAUCCACAUUUUACAAGAAGAGAGUCAAGUUAGUUUGUUUCGGUGGGAAAUUAGGGUUUCAAAACCCCCGCCAAAACUUGUCUUCCUUCAAUGGCUGCCGUGGUUCAGGAGGAGAACUCAGAAGAGAAAUCGGUCCCUUCACCUCUUCAAAAGCCCGCCUUAACUCCAAAACCUUGCUCAACUGAUCCCCCAAACUCCAAGGAUUUCAUAACUUCUGUUGCCUCCAACAUAGCAUCUCAGCCUCUCCAGAACUACGAUCCUCACGUAUGGGGCGUCUUAACGGCCAUUUCCAGCAAUGCCCGCAAACGCAACCAGCAGGGCAUAAAUAUGAUUUUGACUGCUGAUGAGCAUUGCAUUGGUAGACUGGUAGACGAUACUCGAUUUCAGAUCGAUUCGAAUGCGGUUAGUGCUAAACAUUGCAAAAUUUAUAGGAAGAAGUUCGGUAUUGAGGAGGAUAAGCAGACGUCCGUAUGUAAAACUGCAGUCUUCUUGAAAGAUACAAGCACAAAUGGGACAUAUAUCAACUGGAACAAAUUGCAAAAGAAAGGCCCUGAAGCUGAAGUUCAUCAUGGAGAUAUUAUUUCAUUUGCGGCUCCUCCUCAGCAUGAAGUUGCGUUUACAUUUGUGUAUCGAGAAGUUCUUGUCUUCUCUGCCAGGACAGAUGGUGCAGUUCUAAAACGAAAAGCAGGGGAAUUUGUUACCGAGAACAAGAGACUGAAAGGUAUUGGCAUUGGUGCUGCAGAGGGCCCUAUAUCUCUUGAUGAUUUUCGUAGUCUACAACGAUCUAACACGGAAUUGAGGAAGCAAUUGGAAAAUCAGGUUAUUACAAUAGAUAAACUGCACAAUGAGAAUCGUGAAGUCAUUGAGCGUCAUGAAAAUGAAAUGAAAGAGAUGAAAGAAUCAAUUUCAAAAUCUUAUGCUGACCAACUUAAAGAGUUGCGUCAAAUGCUGGAGGUCAAACAGAAUGAAAUGGCGGAUGUCAAUAGAAUAUCUGCUGAACAGAAACAUGCUAUUGAAGACCUUAAUGAAAGGUUGAGUGCUUCUGAGCAGUCGUGUAAUGAAGCAAAUGAAAUAAUGAACAGUCAAAAAGCAUCAAUAGCUGAACUCAAAGAACAGCUAGAUGAAGAACGCGAACAGAGAAGAGAAGAACGAGAAAAUGCUGCCACAGAUUUAAAAGCAGCAGUGCAGAGAGCUCUAUCAGAGGCUCAGGAGGAAUUGAAAAGAUCAUCUGAUACUGCCUUGAGACGAGAAAGAGAACAACAAGAAGUGAUUAACAAACUUCAGGAAUCAGAGAGAGAAAGGUGUUUACUUGUGGAAACUUUAAGAUCCAAAUUGGAAGACAUUAGGCAAAAAUUAGUUAUAUCUGACACUAAAGUUCGCCAGCUAGAAACCCAAGUGCAUGAAGUGCAACUGACAUCUGAAAGUGGGAAAAAGAGGGUAGAAGAACUUGAACUUGAAACAAAAAGAUUGGGGAAUGAGCUUGAAAGUGAAAAGCAGGCAGCUCGUGAGGAAGCGUGGGCUAAAGUUUCCGCCCUUGAACUUGAGAUAAAUUCUGCAAUGCGGGAUCUUAAUUUUGAGAGACGAAGGUUAAAAGCUGCCAGAGAAAGAAUUAUGCUUCGGGAGACUCAGCUUAGAGCAUUUUAUUCCACAACUGAGGAGAUUUCAGGGCUGUUUGCUAAGCAGCAAGAACAGUUAAAAGCUAUGCAAAGGACUUUGGAAGAUGAGGAAAAUUAUGACAAUACAUCUAUUGAUAUUGAUCUCAACAUGCCUGUUGGGGAUAUAAGUGGAAAUCGAGACAUCGAAGCAACCAAGUACCCUACAAGUAGAACUGCUAAAGUAGGUUCAGCUACUUCGGCCCGACGUUUUGACAAAAUUCAAGUCGAAACUUCAAGUGAUGAAGCCAGUAUAACUGAAAAGCAUGACUGUGACGUAGGAAGCCAAGAUGGUCAUCAAAAUACCGAAGAGCCUGAAUUUACAAGUGCAACCAAUCAUGGUGUGAAGGGUGGCUUUGGUUCUGAUAUUGAUGGUGUUGGCACUGCACCAGUAGAGGGAUAUGCCAUUGGUACUGAACAAGUUCCUGAAACAGAAAGUCCUGGAAUUAAUGAUGACCAAGUUAUUGAUUUAAACAAGAGUGGCACUCUCCAUGGGGACACGAUGCAACUUGAUGAAGCCCAAGAAGCUGAUGAACAGGGUCAAAUGAAUUGUCAAGAAACUUUGCCUCGCUCUCAAUCUAAUAGUCCCAUGGAAAAUCAAAAGGUUAUCGAAAUGGAAGAUACAGAAGCUGGAGGCACAAUCAGGACAGCAGAUCUUUUAACUUCUGAAGUUGCUGGUAGUUGGGCUUGCAGUACUGCCCCUUCGGUCCAUGGAGACAAUGAAUCACAGGGUCGAAACAAUAAUGACAACAAUGAUGGAGGUGGAACUGUUCUACACGAUUCCAACCUUCAGGUGGCAGAGAGUCAAACUAAUCCAUCCCCUGAGGCCAUUGCUGUUAGACGGAAUCAUGAGCGUCAAGCUUUGCGUGAGAUGAUUGGUAUUGUUGCUCCCGAUUUAAAGGAGCGGUUUGGUGGCAGGAUGAGUGAAGAUGAUAAUCUUAAAAAAGGCGAUCAGUGUUCUGCUUCAGAUUCAGAUACUGAGAGUUGCACGGACAGUGAUGUUAAAAGCAAGGUUGAUACUAAAGGCGGAUUGGUUUCGGAUUCAGAGACUGAAGGUAGUGACCAAGCUGAUGAGAAUAAAAAAAAUGAUGAUCCAAUGGAUGAAGAUGAUGAAGCUACUCAAGAGGAGUCCCUCGGAUAAGGUGUAAAUACUAAGAUCUUUUUUUUUCUUUCUAUUUUUUUAAUAUGUAUGUAGUAAUUAUUUAUCCUUUGUUCUGUUUUUGCGAUAAAUAUUUAUAUAUAUAUAUUGUACUUGUAAUAUUAGUGUAAAUGGGAUGCAUAUGCUUUGAAAGAUCGAUAUCGAGCUAAUGUAUUAAUAUUUGUAGUGA